AAUCAGUGAAAACGGUGAAGAUGGCGCCGACUGGUGGUAGGAUGCAGAGUGUUGUAUUAUGUUUUAGUUUUUUGAUGGUUUUUCUUCAGUGUUCCGCUUACAGGAAAUAUAGUUUAGGGAAUGACAAGAUUUGUUCACACGUGAAAAAACAAACAAUUAAACUUCCUCCAGAAAAUGGAAUUUUAAUUACUGAACAGCGAACAUUUGAUAAGUGGUCUGGAUACAAAGAAUUUCACUGUAAGUUUAAAGUUGAGCUUCUAGAUGAAGGAGAUUUGUUUGCGGUGAUACAAAAUGUAACUUUUAGAAAGGAUCCAAUUACUGGUGAAUGCAUCGAUUAUGUACAGCUCACAGGUGAUGAUAAACGAAUGAAGACUGAGAAAAUUUGUGGGACUGUCAAUGCAAUAAAACGUCUUUAUGGAAAUGCAGUACAAUCAUAUUCAGAUACUGUACCAAUAGCUUUUGUGGAUUCUGAUGGUGAAAUAUCAGUUGAAGUGUAUGUGGCUAAUGAGCCUCUGUCUUCAAACUCUGAGGAGCUUACAUUUUCACUGGCAUUCACACGUUCUGUUCCCUGUUCUUCUCGGAACGCUUUUGUUUGUGCAGAAGACAAGUGCAUACCUGAGGAAUUCAAAUUAGAUAGUAUAGUGAACUGCCCGUAUGGAAGUUGUUUAGACGAGCACUGCACAUAUGGAGAGUACGUUGAUGAUGGACCCAAGGUGCCUAAGAGUGGACUAGGCACAAAGGUGGUGCUCGGUGCCGUUGCAACAGUGCUCCUGGCAUUUGUGCUGUUCCUUGUAAUCAUCUGGGUAUUACGACGGUGUCACAAAGCUUGCUGGAGUGCUCCGCACCAGCGAGUUCCAGUCUCAGCAGCUGAAUCGGGUGCACUUGCAGAACAUCUUGCCUACAAUCGGGGAAGUAGCCCUCUUGGUCGUACAUCGUCUAGUUCAGGACAUGCACAAUCUCAGUUUCCUCCCACAUCUGUGAUGGUUGAGUCUGUGGCUAAUUUGCCACCAUCAGCACCUCCAGCACAUCUGGCAGCUGACAAAGACCUCCCACCAUCAUACGAGUCACUCUUUCCAUCACGAUGAAGCAUGUGCAUUGACUCUGGAUGAGGCGAAUCAAAUUAAUCUAAGAAUCAAACACUUUCCCAUCUCAUGUUCUCAAAAGCAUCAGUUUGAGACAUCGUAUGCCAUUUUUUAUCAUCAUCGUGUCAGUUUUCCGUUAUCUCUCUUUCAUUGAUAUGUAUGAGGUUGCAACUUUGUGGUUAUACUAUCUAGUUUUACAGAUCUGCUAUGAAGUUAGUUAUAGAAUAUUAAUUUUGAAUGUAUGGCCUAAGCAUAUGAAGAAAAGAGGCAGCAUGUAAUAUGAAGUUUGUAAUGACCAGUUUUUCAGGAACAUUUAUGUUGGAGAUUAUGAAAUCUAUAUAAGGUGAUCCAAAAUUCCUAUUACAAGCUUCUAGGGGUUGUGGAGGGGCUUUAGUAGAUACAGUUUUCGAAAGGAAUCAGUGCCCAGGAAUUCAGUGUUUGGUAGUAAAAUCAGUUUGAAGAGCAGAUAACUUCCAAAUCUUCAGCUGUUACUGUAUGCACAGAAGUUGAGAAGAGGGCACUGUCGUCAGUCCCUGUUGUAAUUCUGAUGCCACAUGACACCUUUAUCUGACUACAGCAAUGGCUGAAAAAAACUGGCACUAUUGAAAGUAGGAGGGUUGGCUGUGAUGUUCCAUGGAGAUGGUGCAUGUUCAACAUUGAAGAGGACACAGAUGAGAGCCCGAGGACAAGUACUCAAAAUAUUCAUGUGCCCCUACAGCACACAAGUCAGAACUCGUUAUCUCCACUUUGUGUGUACCAUGAGGAGUGUAAGUCUCCUCUGCAACCCCUAGAAGCCUGUAAUAGGAAUUUUGAAUCACCCAGUAUUUAGCAUUGUGUAGUUUUACUUGGGCACAAGUAUUAUAACUGCUGAUAAUUCCUCGAUACAUGGCGGCCAGAAACAGUAAAUCAAUGGUUUAAAAUUGUUUCAGUCAAAAUGCGCUUUUUCAGUGUUUCAGAGACUCAGAAUGGUUUUUUUAGCUUUGCGUUGGGUUUGUGAUCAUCCUUGAGCCCAGAUUGAAUAAUAUUUCUGCUUGUUAAAAUGUGUAAAAUAAAAUUUGCUGUGGUGUUAAUGUAAAUUGUAAGUUCGUUACACUUGCAGUGUUCAGCAGCUCAUGGCAUUUUCUUGGAAAUAUGAUAAAAUCAGUUGCAGAAACUUACCCAUUCUUUGACAAAUGUGCUAUGGAAAAACUCUUAUCCAAAUAUGUGGCUAAAUUGUGAUCUUGUCCACAUUUUCAGUAAAACAUUUCUGAGUAGUGUCAGCAUUACAUACCUGCAAAUGUUUAAAUGGAGAAUAUCCCUUUGUUUAUAAGAACAUUCACAUUUAGGGAUGAGAAACAUCCAAAUACAAUUGUUAGAUAUUGUUUAUAUUUCCUUCUUUUCAGCUUAGAGGUUAAGAUGUAAACAGCAAUGUCUGGUAUUGCUGGGCAGUAGAAAACAUAAUAAUUAGAGUUUUAAUUAUUGAUAGCAAUCUUGUUCUUGGAAAGUUUUAGCUCCUAAAUAUUUUCCUUUGGUAUAUUUUCUCCUUCAUUUGAUGUGCACAUUGUUAUACAUGCUGAAUUUCCUUCUGCAUACAUGUGUGCACAUGCACACCUGCCAAUCCAUAUACGCUGUUUUAAUGUUAACAAACAUGUGUAUCAAAGUGACUAUAUUAUUUUUGGUUGCCAUGGAGUCACACAGACGUUAUACCUGAUCUUAUUUUCUCUUUGUGUAUAAUCUAGGUACUCUAUUGUUGAGUAUACUUUCUGCAAUGUCUGAUUCAUUCCAGAAUAUCUUGUUAGUUAAUUUUGGUUUUGAUUACACUUUCUUUCACCACACUUCAGGAUGCCUCUUCUCUAAGAGCUUUUAGUGAUAGGAAACUCUUUUGAAGAAUAUUAUUUGGGUUAAUACUUGGAUAGUUAUAUGUUUUGGAUCUGCAGAAUUUUUUGUUUUCUGGUGUGUACAUAAGGGUAAUAUUUAUGAUGUAGCUAUCAUUGAUAUUUUUGGCAUUUGUUUAAGUAAUUAUUGUCUGAUGGUUUACUAAUAGGUAUCUUUUGAACAGCAACUUAUGAUGUUAUUGUGCCAUUUUUCAGUUUUGAUGGUGGAAGGAUAUUUCUAAAUUAAAAAUUCUCAUUGAAACAGUCAGGUGUAUGGCCAGUGAUCCUUUUGUCCUGAUUGCUUAAAGGAGAGAUACAAUAGGAUUUACAAUAUAGAAGCACAGUGGUCAUCAGAAUUCUGACAUUACUUCUGUUUAUGUGGGGAAUCAGCCAAUCCCAUGCAAUACAAAGAUACAAUUCAAAAUGAGAAUUUUAAAGUUAAAAACUCACGUUCCUUCAUGAAGAGACUUGUGAAUGAAAUAUAGAUUUCGUGAUUCUUAUCAUCUUUUUUGGUAGUUACUCUACAUUAAUUUUACCUAGUACUAAACACUUGCCAUGUUGAACCAUCAAGAAAUGGAAGGUCGUCGUUUAAAAGUAAUGUAGAUGAAUCAUUCAGGUUGCAAGCUGCCUCUUUUAUUACGUGGCGUAGCUAAAUGCAUUAAUAGUCCCAGAUUUUUCCUUUGGCCAGCUCAGUAGGAUCCUUUACUCAGAAAGCAAAGCUAUGGGGGAUGCUAGAGAUUUAUUGGUAUAAAUAUACUCUGAGCACUGGAGUUUUAUUAUUAUUAUUAUUAUUAUUACUACUACUACUAUGGAGCACAGUGUCGGAAAUACUUCUUUUUAAUAGUGAGAAAUUUUUUAUUCCAGUAAUGUUGUUGGUUAACUACCAUAUAUGAUUGUUGCACAAUGAAAGCAUUCAGCAGUCAGUUGCAAAUUGCACUGCAGUUAUCAGAUGAGGUGACACAACAGCUAUUGGUUUUAACAAUUUAGAGGGGUAUUUCUUUGAUCAGUCAUGGAGGGCAUUGUCAUCAGUGAAAUGAAGACUUGAAGAGUCUGGGGAUUAGGCAGUACUUGUGUGUGUGUGUGUGUGUGUGUGUGUGUGUGUGUGUGUGUGUGUGUGUGUGUGUGUUUUAAAUUCCUUGGUGGCAGUUGACAUUGUUUAUUGAAUAUUUUAUAUUUUUGUAUUGUCUUAAGGAAUUAUUUGUUACCAAUUAUCUCUGUGGUGCUUUCUGUACUUGCUCAGUAUUUUUUUAUAUGUAGUUUGCCUGAAUAUAGUGUCUGUGUGUGUGUGUGUGUGUGUGUGUGUGUGUGUGUGUGUAAUCUUAUGUGCUGUAUAAUUCUGAGUGUAUCUAUUUUAUUUUUAAGAUGUAAUAUAUAAUUCCAAGACUUAAAUCAAGAAUUAUACUCAUGAGAAAAAUAUUGUUACAGCUGAUCCAAUCUGUCACUAACACAAUGAAUCCUUCUGCAAUUGCAUGUUUUCCUUUUUGAAACAAACAAAAUAAGGUGAAAGGGAAAAGAUAUAAGAGGACAUAAAACUACAGUUUGCAAAAACGAGGGUUCACAGUGGCUACUUAAGAAAUUUGCAAAGAGCUGUUGGCUAGACUCUGUCCAACAAUAGCUUGGUCACUCUAGUUUACAAUGUCGCACGGGUUGAUCUGUUAAAAGAACUGAAAUAUAUAAAGGACAGUGCCUUUAAUAACUGCUUUUGGCAUAUAAUUACCACAGUUGCCAUGAUCAUUGUGAUGUUGUGACAUUGAAAAAGUGUGCUCAAAGAUAAUUUCACAGAUAUGAUGGUGAGCAGCAGUGACCUUGGGUUGUGAGAAGUAACUACUGUGAAGGAGGUCAGAGCCAUGAUGCAUACCCUUAAGAUAUUACCUUUUUUUCAUGCAACUAGUAAACAGAUUUUUUGUUGAAUGAAAAAGCAAUGAAAAUCAGAAACUAGAAACCUGUUGUUAUAGAGAUGUGGCUGUGCGAAGUUGCUUAGUUAAAAGUAGCACUUAUUCAGCAGCAGAUUCACGUAGGCUCUGCACAUUGCACAGUGAGGGCCCAUUAAAACAGUUGUAUCAUUACUGAGAUGAAAUUUAUAUACUCUUUAGUGGGAUGUGUGCUUUGAGAAACUUUUUAAAACCAAAGCCAUGUUCUUACGAGGGCUUGACACCAGAUUCCCGUCUAGUGGGAAUUGUCUGCAACUAAAAAUGUUCACAUCUCUGUUAUCACCUCAUGCACACUGGUUCUAUUUAUUACUGUUUGUUAACAUUUGUUCAGGACCAGUCAUAGUUUUUUCUUGCAUUCCUCUCUGUAUGACCUAUUCUACAUAUGUGAAGUUGUAUUUCAUUUUUGAUUUCUUGUAUGUUCAAGUCUUCUCUGUAUUAUUGACUAAAUAUUGAAACAGUUUUGGCUUAAACAUACAUGUUAUAGCUUGUUAUAAUUUAAACAUUUCAUUUAAUGUCAUGUAGAAAUAGUAAAUUUUAUUUGGUAUGCUACUCAAAAGACUCUUCAAUCGUGUUGAUUCAAGAGUCAGUAGGUACUGUUUUUAUCCCACAACAUGACUUGUAAUUUAUUUACAAAUAUAACAGGUUUACAAAAUUGUGCCAUCAGUACAUUUUCCAUUAAUGACAGUAAAACAGUAAUAUUCUGUUACAUCUUUGUUGUAGAAAGAGCAAUAAUUAAUAUUUUUGGUGUUGGUGUAUGCUUCAGUGACGAAAGGAUGGAAGAGAACAUUCACUUGAAGAGAAUUUUACAUAAAGGAUACUCAGGGAUAAAAUCUCAAUUUCUUGUUGUGAGUUUUCAUACUUUUGUUGUAAUAGAGAAGAUCUGAGAUUUUAAAAUCAAAAUUGUAUUAGAACUUAUUAUAAUAAUUAUUAUUUAGUGUUUAUUUUAGAUAUCCCUUUCUCCAUGGUAUGUCUUCCAAUUUUUCAGAACUGCUUUUAUUCAUAGUUAUUUGUAUUUAGUGAAGUGAAAAUAUAAUGCAAUUCUUGAUUACCACAAGGGAUGUGAUUUUGUUUGUGUUUUCAAAUAUGCUUUCUCCAUUUUCUGUAAUUUCGAAAAAUCUCGUUGAUGAUGUCAUUUUGAGGGCUUGUCUUCUAGUACCAUUAGCAUGUACUUGGCUAAUUGAAAGUAUGAGAGGAAAGCUCAAAGAAAAUUUCAAUUAAAACCACCUGUUUGUAAGGAGAAAAUUAAUUAUGAAGUUGCUGAUACUGUAAAAUAACUUGAAAAGUGUAAUUUGCUUGAAGAUUAACAUGCAGCCUAAGGCUGAGAUGCACACUUAUCAGAAAUUGAACUAUUUGGACAGAUUUAUUUGGGGCCAUACUUCAAAUUCCAACACUCUGUAAGAACUUGUUGCAGGAAUAUUCUGUCUCUCUUGUGUGCACAGUGGUGGACUGUGUGUUUUUCACAAACUGUUAACAAAGGAACAGUUAUUUUAAGUAUUUUAUUUUCCAUCAUACAGCCAUUGAAACAAGCCGAACUGUUUUUCAGUACCAUAGGAAAUGUGAUCAAACUACUUAAUCAAAGAUGAGCUUGGGGAUGCAAUGAUUUGAUCAAUCCAUAAUUAUGUAAAUAUAAAUAUGCAGCAGAGGGCAAGCUAAAUUAUGCCCAUUACAAGUAUUAUUAAUUACUUCUGUUCUGAAUCUUCUUGUGAUUAGGUCCCUCCCUCCCUCCCUCCGUGUUCGAAGGAUUUACCUUAUUUUCAAUGUGUGCCCUUUGAAGAGAACCCAUGUACAUAGAAAAGUGAUUUGUAACUUUAUUUACAGACUAGAUAGUGUGUGGAUCACUUUGUGUUUUGAUACACUUAGUGUACAGAUCACAUAAAACAAAAAUAUAUAUUUUGUGAAAGUUUUAUAUUUGCAGGAUAUUUUUACAGAUUUGUUAUAAAGGUAGCCUGAUGUAAAUAUUUGUAAAUUCUGAUAUAUUUGCCAGGAAUAAACUUAUAAGUAUCAUAAAUUAUAAUUCAGCAAGGAAGAGAUGGUUUCAGAUAAUUUAAGGAAAUGUAGCUUUAAUGUAUAGAUAAUGAUAGUAUUUAUGUAAUGAAAGAUGGAAGCUGUGUAUACUUCAAAAAGAAUACUCAGUUGAUUUACAUGCAUUUUUGCAUGAUUCUACAUGAACUGUCAGUGUUAACUUUGUGUUUUAUUACAAUAUUGUAACCAGUUUACAAGAAGAAAAACUAAGGUUGCAUAUUUGUUCCAGGUAAAUGAUUAUAAGAUUUCCUGCAAAUAUUUUUCACCGUAAUAACUGCCGAAAUGUAAAAUCUGUUUUGGUUCCAUAUGUGUUUUUUACAAACACUGACAUUAUGAAAUUGUACAUUUGCAUUUUUUAGCAGUGGCGAAUUUUGUGAUAUGAAUAACCUUUUUGUAGUUUGUGUUAAUUAAGUCUGUUACAUUUUGUGAAAAAAGUUCUGUCAAAAUUUGUGUUACCGUGUAUUUUUACUGCAAAACAAAAGAUUGUUCAAGUACUUA